CAAGCUAUUAUCAACAAUGACGACUCCUCAAUAUCAGAGUUACGGCGGAACAACCGCACGAAGCAACAGUUCUCCAGCCUCUCGUUUAGAUGUUUUCAAGAAACCACUAGACCCUAAACUACUGGCUCAGGUUCGAAAGAGAAAAGUAAAAGUUCUCGAAGAAGACGAAUAUGUUGAAAAAGUUGAAAAAAUUAUCGAACGAGAUUUCUUCCCUGAACUAGAAAAACUUAAGGCGCAAAGUGAUUAUAUUGAAGCUAAGGAUAAAAAUGAUUACGUCACAAUGAGCAGACUCCAGGAGAAGUAUAGUGGGUGCAGGCCAGGUACAGGGCUUCGUAGACUGACCAGCCCGGCUACAUUUGAGACCCCAGAGGAACCAAGAAGGGAUUUUGAUCCAAGAAAACCAGAGGGACGGGAAUCCACCCCUGGGGUGGAGAAAGGUUUAAACAAGGAGGAUGAGGAGGACGAGGAGAAGGGGAAGGAGGAGAACCUCGACAAGUUCCUCGCAAACCAUACCAGCGAGGACAAUGAGAGCUUUCAAGUUCUUCAGGCUGAGAGUGAGCUACGCCAUCGUGUAAAGAACAGCUGGAUGUAUAAGGACGAACUCCUGUUCUUAGAAAACAAGGCAAAGCAGAUGGAGCUACCGAGUAUAGAACAGCAAGCAGAACUACCUGUUAAACCUGAUGAGGUCGAAACCUGGACUUUCCAAAAUAUAAAUUCAGUAUUUCAUAAUCCGGACACUUUAGAACUCAGCUAUGAGGAAAAGCUUGAUCUGGCAAAGAAACAGAAAAUCAUUAAGCACACAAAUACAAGACUCUCGAAAACACCUUGGAAAACAGAUAAACAGAUGGAGGCUUUAAGGAAGGAAGCCAUCAGGCAGCGUGAAAUGGCCGCUGGAAAAGUCGGUGCCGACGGCAAAGAAAUCGUCCGACCCGAGACCCCAAUCGUGAACGGGUUCAAGAUGAUAUCCAUGGCUCCAAGUCCUAUGAUGGGUGUGACGGACUCCCCCCUGAUGACCUGGGGAGAGGUGGAGACGACCCCGUACAGGUUGGAGGGUUGUGAGACCCCACUCCUCUCUGUGGGGGCUGCUCAUGUGGAGCGUAAGAACAAAGCUCUGGCGCAAGUGAAAGUGUCGAUGAAGGUCGGGAGACCAGGCUCAGGUCGACCUGCUUCAGGACUACCUGGACUCAGUCCAGCAGCUAAACGGCUGGUCAGCUCUAAACUAGACGCCAACACUUAUGGUUAA